UGACUAUUUAGUUCUCUGCGGAGACGGUCGGAUGUUUGGUUGUAAUGUCCCUGGGUCCCAUUCUAUGGAUAAAGAAAUAUUAUGGAUCUUCAUCCACUUUGUCCAUGAGCACAUGUUUAUUCUGAAAGUAGAAGAAUAUUGUUUUUGUUUUUGUUUUUUUUUGUUUUGGAUGUUUUGAAGCUUUAGCAUGAUAGUGGUCUAACGUGAUUGAGAUCUAGGACCUAAAUUUUUUUCUCUCACCUUUUAGAAUAUGGAAUAGAUGAGGAACAUCAAGGUAACGCCAUUUGACCUUGCCAAAGUAUCCUCAUUUGCUAAUCUAACAAUACUUGGCCCUGCUAGAUCUGGAUUGCGUUUAUCAUGAGCACUUAUAUUUUCCUGGCGUAUUGACCGACGAAUUCGUCCAGAAAACCUUUCCUGCCCCUCAACAAUUUGACAGCUUUUAUGAUGCUCUGAAGCGUUGCAAUGAACUCGAGUGCUCUUGGCUACUUCAAGAUUCCAGGCUCUCUUUAUACUAUAUCGUGGAAGAACCAUUGUUCUUGCAAAUGGAAAGUUCUGACCACAUUAGUACUUCCAAUUUUCCAUACAUGGUGGCUUAUCUUGAGCCAAGAUGUUUUAACUCCGAUGGAACUACGGUAUCUGCCGUUGAAGAGGUAUGCGCGGGUCUGGAAUUGCCUUCAGAAGACGUGGUAUUUAGGAUCGAAAAAGAUUCAAAGAUUGUUUUUGAAAAAGAUGGAGCAGGUGAAGCUUGUGGUUUUGACUGUGAACGUAACCCGUCUUGCAAGAUGUGGGCCCGUUUCACCGAAAAAGACACUUGCAGGAUGUGGGGAGACUCACCAGGCCCAACUGUUACUCCGAAAUGCGUCUUGGAUUCAAUACCUGGCAAAGCAUAUUCUACAGUUACUCACUAUCAGUUGAAACACAAGAAACUUAUCACCGAAGAAAACGCAGCCGUUUAUGGGGUUGACGACACCAAUAAGUGUUGGAAUAUCUGUGCCAAGAAUCCAUUGUGCCAAGAAUUGGCUAUCCAUGAAAGCAGAUGCUACAUAUUUCAAGGAAGCUCACAAUUCGACAGCCCUGACCCUACCUUUAGUGAGGACUUUUUGAGCCUGAAGCUCAAGUUUUAUGGUACGUGA